AUGGGGCCAGCCGCAGGGAACCUGGUGCGGGCCGUCCUGGCGCUCUGCUGGCUCGCAGAGCGCUGCGCGGGGAUAAGCUCCAUAGACAUUGAGCGCCCCGGCGACGGGAGGUGCCAGCCGAUCGAAAUCCCCAUGUGCAAGGAUAUAGGGUACAACAUGACGCGGAUGCCGAACCUGAUGGGACACGAAAACCAAAGGGAAGCGGCCAUUCAACUACACGAGUUUGCCCCCUUGGUGGAGUACGGUUGCCACAGCCAUCUGAAAUUUUUCCUCUGCUCCCUCUACGCCCCUAUGUGCACUGAGCAGGUUUCAACACCGAUCCCAGCCUGCAGAGUCAUGUGUGAGCAGGCGAGGCUGAAAUGCUCUCCUAUCAUGGAGCAGUUCAACUUCAAAUGGCCAGACUCCUUAGACUGCAGCAAGCUGCCCAACAAGAACGACCCCAAUUACCUGUGCAUGGAGGCCCCCAACAACGGGUCAGACGAGCCGCCCAGGGGAUCCAGCAUGCUGCCACCCAUGUUCCGGCCACAGAGGCCCAGCAGUGGCCAUGACCUGCAGCAGCACAAGGACAGCCUCAGCAGAACCUCCUGUGAAAAUCCGGGCAAGUUCCACCACGUGGAAAAGAGCGCUUCCUGCGCACCGCUCUGCACCCCGGGGGUUGAUGUUUACUGGAGCAAGGAUGACAAACAGUUUGCUGUCAUUUGGAUUGCCAUCUGGUCCAUUCUGUGCUUUUUCUCCAGCGCUUUCACUGUACUCACUUUUCUGAUAGAUCCUCAGCGUUUCAAGUACCCCGAGAGGCCCAUCAUCUUCCUCUCUAUGUGCUACUGUGUCUACUCUGUGGGGUACAUCAUCCGCCUCUUUUCGGGUGCUGAGAGCAUUGCCUGCGACAGGGACAGUGGCCAGCUCUAUGUCAUCCAAGAGGGACUGGAGAGCACUGGCUGCACCAUUGUGUUCCUGGUUCUGUAUUACUUUGGUAUGGCCAGUUCCUUGUGGUGGGUAAUCUUGACUUUAACUUGGUUUCUGGCGGCUGGGAAAAAAUGGGGGCACGAAGCAAUUGAAGCAAACAGUAGCUACUUUCAUUUGGCAGCCUGGGCCAUUCCAGCUGUGAAGACCAUAAUGAUCCUAGUUAUGAGAAGGGUGGCUGGAGAUGAGCUGACAGGGCUGUGCUAUGUUGGAAGCAUGGAUGUGAAUGCCUUGACCGGGUUUGUACUCAUUCCUUUGGCUUGUUAUCUAAUCAUUGGCACUUCUUUUAUUCUUUCUGGUUUUGUGGCCCUUUUUCAUAUCAGAAGGGUGAUGAAAACAGGUGGAGAAAAUACCGACAAGUUGGAGAAACUCAUGGUCAGGAUUGGUGUCUUCUCAGUCUUGUACACAGUGCCUGCAACUUGUGUCAUAGCUUGCUAUUUUUAUGAAAGACUUAAUAUGGAUUACUGGAAAAUUGUGGCAACUCAACAGAAAUGCAAGAUGAACAAUCAGACUAAAAAUUUAGACUGCAUGAUGAAUAAUUCCAUUCCAGCAGUAGAAAUUUUUAUGGUCAAAAUUUUUAUGUUGUUAGUUGUGGGCAUUACAAGUGGGAUGUGGAUCUGGACUUCCAAGACUCUUCAGUCCUGGCAGAACGUUUGUAGUCGAAGAUUAAAGAAGAGAAGUAGGAGAAAACCUGCAAGCGUUAUUACCAGUAGUGGAAUCUACAAAAAACCUCAGCAUCCACAGAAAACUCACCUUGCAAAAUAUGAAUCCACAUUACAACCACCCACCUGUGUAUGA